GCCUGACCCACGGAAGUGGGUGUGGCCAGCGGGCAUUUAACUGCGUGCGGUGCCGGUGCUCCCUCAGACGGACGGAAGCGUAAUGCCGGGAGCAGCCAUGGCGGAGAUUUAUGUGCUUUACUGCGGAGCCUGAGGGUAUCAGCCCAAGUUUGAGAGGCUGAGGAAGGAGCUGGAGAGUUGCUUUCCGGGUCGUCUGAAGAUAGAUGGCGCUGGGACCCCAACAGCCACCGGGUGGUUUGAAGUGACGGUGAAUGGGAAGCUGGUUCACUCCAAGAAGAAUGGAGACGGCUACGUUGAUAGAGAGUCCAAGCUGCAGAAGAUCGUUGACGCAGUAGAAGCCGCUCUGGGGGAAUGACCGCUGUGUGAGAGAGAAGGUGGAUGAUGUUUUGCUUUCGUUAUUCCGGCCGCACGCUUUAUGACGGGGAACGCUUAAAUGCCCUGCGGGCACGGCUGCCCCUCGACACCCUGCGGGGCGACAGGAUGAGCCGAGCGACGCUCACCCACCUCUCGUGUAUUUUCUUUAAUGCUGGAGGGAAGUCUCUGACCUGAAUGGGAGAGACGCGAGUUUCUAUCUGAUGUCAGCCUCCUAAAUAAACUACUCUUUACCAUG